CGAUGGUAUAUUUGAGUCUUUUCCCUAAAAAAUAUAACCAAUUGCUAUAAAAUUAAUAUAUUGGGCACUUGCAUAUCACGGGCUAUUGUAACUACCAUAUAUAAAAUAUUGGGUACAUGCAUGUAAUAUUAAAAUAAUAAUAAUCAUAAAUAAUAACAUUAGAUUUGGUGACAAAUUGAUAACAACGGUUAUUCUACUUAUAAUGUAAAUGAGUUAACAUAAAAAUCUAUAAGUACUUAGAUUAAGAAAAAUAAAUAUUAUACAUAAUAUAAAAGAUAUUGCAUCAAUGAAAGAAAUAUCAAGGAUAAAAUAAAUAUAUUUAAGAUAAAUAAAAAAAUGUGUGUUAUUGUUAGUUAAGGGAGGAAUUUGAUUUUUAAGGGAUAAUGCAUAAGAACCCCUAAACUAUUUUAAAAGUAGAAUAAAUAAACCCUAAAUACUGACGUGACAUAGAGAAUGUGCACUCUCUUUGAAGGCAAGUGAACAACGAAAAAAUUGAAUAAGGUGUGUCGCUGUAAUUUCGGUCAUAAUUUAGGAGAUACUUGUGCCUUCUCUCGAUCUUUUAAGCAAAAUUGAGAGGGUAAAUAAUUUUCAACCAUUAAAUCUUACUCAUUAAUUUAAUUUAUGCAAUGUGUCCCAGUUGAAGUAAAAAAUAGGAAAAAUGAAGAGAAAAUGGAAAGGAUACAAUCGUCUCACUCUACACAUGAUGUAAAAUAUCCAUAUAAAAACAUAGUUUCGUGGAUAAGCUUGCAAUCAAGCCGGCAUUACAAGUAGUUCAAGCAUGUAACUUGCAAGUAGCCCAAGCAGACAACUUACAAGUAGGAAGAGGUGUCAUGAUGUGUCGUAGAUGACGCAUCAUGGACUUCUCCUUUUAGCCAAUAGCUUCUUUUGAUCUAUAAAUAUGAAGUCAUGAGUUUCAUUUGUAUAAAAGGAGUCGCACAAUAACCUAAGUUGUACGGACUCUUCACUUUUGAUGCCACACCCGUGUCGGAUUCUCCAAAAAUACACUACUUUUGGAGAAUCCGAAACGCAUUUGUUGACAUUUUUGAAGAGUCCGAGCAACAUAGACAAUGACUAUCUAAAAACGCUGCACGGAAAGACUUUUCAGUUUCUCGUCUUCUCAUCCAAAUCUCCAGUGUUGUGGUAAAAUUAUAGCUUCCUCAAGCUUCUGUUUUGUGUUUCCAUGUACAUACUUCCUCUAUUAUAUAUAGUUGCAGUUGUUCUAGAUUCCUCAAUUAGUGUUUAUUUAUUUUUACUUGUGUAUAUGUUUUUAACUUUGCCACAGCUUGCCCAGUCAAAGACUAGAUUCCUUUAUCUAUUAAUGGUUGCACUCCACCAUGAGAAGCAAGUAUUCCAAGGAAACAACUUACAUAAGUGAUACUACGAGUUAUCACAUUCCUGUUGAAAGUUGUCGAAUUCCUUUUUCGGCUUUGCAGGAAGCAACAAACAACUUUAAUAAGAACUCGUUAAUUGGAUUGGGUGGCUUUGGGAUGGUUUACAGGGGUGUUCUGUGUGAUGGCACAAAAGUGGCCUUGAAAAGGUGUAAGCCUGAGUCCUCACAAGGUAUUGAAGAGUUCCAAACAGAAAUUGAGAUGCUCUCUCACUUCCAUCAUCCUUAUCUGAUUUCAUUGAUUGGAUAUUGUGAUGAAAAUAAUGUGACGAUUCUAAUUUAUGAGUACAUGGAGAAUGGGAACCUCAGUAGACACUUGUAUGGGUCAUAUCUACCCACUAUGAGUUGGGAACAGAGACUUGAAAUAUGCAUUGGGGCAGCCAAAGGUCUUCAUUACCUUCAUAACAACGCAGUAAUACAUCGUGAUGUCAAGUCUACAAACAUAUUGCUUGAUGAGAAUUUUGUGGCAAAAAUUACUGAUUUUGGACUAUCCAAGACAAGGACUGAGCUUGAUCAAACCCAUGUUAGCACAGUCGUGAAAGGAACUUUAGGCUACCUUGACCCUGAAUAUCUUAUACGGGGAAAGCUGACAGAAAAAUCUGAUCUUUAUUCUUUCGGUGUUGUUUUAUUCGAAGUUCUUUGUGCUAGGCCUGCCAUGGGUCAUUAUAUUUCGAAGGAGAUGGUUAGUUUGGCUGCAUGGGCAAUUGAUUCUCAGAAGAAGGGACAGUUGGAACAAAUCGUAGAUCCCAAUCUUGCAGCCAAAAUAAGACCAGAUUCCCUCAGGAAGUUUGGAGAAACAGCGGUGAAAUGCUUAGCUGAUUCUGGUGUAGAUAGGCCAUCUAUGAGUGAUGUGCUGUGGAAUCUGGAGUAUGCACUUCGUCUCCAAGAGCCUGUCAUUGAAGAUGAUCCUGAAGCAAACAGUACCAUUCUUAUUGGGGAAAAUCAAUGAUUCUGUUCUUCUGCUGCUCAAAACAUCAAAUUCCACUUAGGUUCAUGAAUCAUAUGAAAAUUUAUUUUUGUUUUGUAACUAAUUUAGUUACCAAGAUCUGAUUUCUAUAUAGUAAAGAAAGCUAACUUUGAAAACAUGCAUUGCUCUAUUUUAUUGGGGGUGUCCAGUUAUUUCAUAUGUUCGUUUUCAGUAAGUUGUUAGAAAAUCAUUCCAUUAUAUACUAUCAUGUCAGUGAAAGGCUUGUCAAAUCAUGGAAAAGUUUUGAGCCUCUGGCAUACCUAUAUUGAUCGAAUUGUUGCUAGAGGCCACUAUACAGAGAGGGCAGCUGCUGGAAUUUUGAAGACUGUCGUGGUAAGUGUUCAGGUAUAGUUUUCAUCAGCUUCUUAGUUCACUAUUACCUGCUGUUUUUAUCACCUUUAGCUUAGGUUAUCUUAUUAUAUCCAUUAUUUUCA